AUGAGACUAACAACGCCCGAGGAGCAAGAUGAGAUUUCUCUCAAACUUCUCGGAAGGAAGGGCAAGUUUGAAGCUUACUUCACGCUCUUCGACGAACUAUCUCUCAAGGAAAGCACAUUUAGUUGCAAUUAUAUUUCCUCCUCACCUACCCAUCAGCAUGUGCUAUCAACCGCCAUACUGCUCAGAAAUAACAUAGAAAAGACAAGACAAGAGACCAUGACCCAAAUAUCUCAUGAGAAUCGGGCGAUUGGACAGAAUGUCGGCAACAUCAUAAACAGGGCAGUACAAGCAAUGGUGAUGAUUGACUCGGCGGCUCAAGAAUGGCACCCUGCAAACUUCGUGCUUAGAGGAUACCGUCCCACUUCAUGGCUACCACAAGAGUCAUUUGUUUCGUUCAUCGAAAGAUCAAUUCCCUGUGCCCCCGAUCAAUCAUACAAAAGGUUUGAGGACAUCAUUGGCCACAAGUCAAAGCUCAAAGCUUGGAAGCUGAAAAAAAGGCUGGGGAUCUGCUUUCUGCCAACAAAUGACCUUUCAUGCCACCUUCUUCUCAAUGAGAAAGAUAACACGCUCUAUCUCUUCCAUCAGGUGGCCUACUUGAAAGCACAUUUAGAGCAGUUUCAAAGUCAUGCGAGUCCUCUAGAUAUAACUGCGCUAGAAAGUCUAGGCCGUGGAACUCUGCCGCCCCAGCUCCUGUUUGAGACUUUACAUUCGUUGCAAGACAUCCUCUUCCCUCUCACAGAUCAUCGGUCUGAGAAGAUCCUCCGAAAUCUGAUUAGUAGGAACGGCUUUGACCCUGAAUGUUGCGAGUACGACGGCUACAAUGUCUUCCACAAGGGAGUGAGAUACAUGUACUGGGGAGAGCGGAUUGCCAGGUUGUAUGAGCUUGCGAAGAGACGGCCACCAAAAAACAAACUGGAACGUUGGUUUGACCGUAGAAGUACCGAUGGUAAUGCUUUCUCUAUUGCUCUGCUGGCUGUUGGUAUCUCAAUAUUGGUCGGGAUUGUGACGAUUUUGAUGAGUGGAUUCCAGUCAUGGAUUGCAUGGAUGGCUUGGAAGUACCCCGCAGUAGUACAGGCGUAG